AUGCCGAAGCGGCAAGAAGUACCGGGAGCGGAAGAUUACCAAAGUGAUCAUGGAGGAGCACCCGGUGAUGCUGCUCGGUUUGAAAAUGAGCUGCGGCGACUCGAGCCCUACUUCGUAAAGCAGGCCUGGAACUGGCAGCAGCUGUACGACAGGGCCUGCACGCGGAAUCCACAUCCGGGCGGCUGCUCCCGCUCGCUCACCCGCUGGUUUUUCUACCCCACCUUCAGCAAAUGCUACGCGUUCGUUUACGGCGGAUGUGGCGGCACGGCAAACCGCUUCUCCACGCAGAAAGAGUGCCUGAAGAGCUGCGUGCCACGGCAACUGCCACUGAGCCCUCCGCCCGUCAUCGAAGAGCCGACGCUGGCGCCGCCGCCCGACUCCGACCAGCUCAACGGCCUGCUGGCUAGCAACGACAACGAGACGAUAAAGGCGGUGCAACGGUUGGCUGAGCCGCUCACCACACUGCCGACAACCAGCGGUGCCUCCAGCGGCGCCCCCAGCGAUGCCCCGGUCACGUCGACUCAGGUCAAGACCAGCACCAAGGCACAGGCGACGGCCGUCACCCCCAAGCCCGCCGGGUCCAAGGCCAAACGCGAGUUUCCACACGCUGAUGCGCUGAGCGUGCGAUGGGCCUCGGACAAUGCCUACUCGCAGAUGUACGGCUUCUUGUGGUGGCAGGAGACGUCGUGCCACGUGAUUUGGUCGCCGGGGUAG